AUGGCGCCGCCACCGCAAGCUAUGGGAGGGGAUACCCGAAUACCGGCCCAGCUGCAGACUCGUAGACGCAGACGGCAUCUACGUAUAGCCGACGCCAUCCAUGGGACCUCGGAGAGCGCGGCGGCCAUAUGGCGCCGGUAUGUGACGGCCAAUUUGGAGCGCCUCUCGGCCGCGAUGCCGUCUUUCCACAGGUCUAUCCCGCCCAGCCGUGACGGGCGCCAGGUCCCGCUCGGCGCGCGCUGGCGGGACGGGGUCGAGCUGCGCGACGAACGCACCGGCAAGCCCUACGUCUCAAACUUUAUCCGGUCGAGCCGCUAUACGAUCUGGGAUUUUCUGCCGCGCCAGCUCGCCUACCAGUUCAUGAAGAUUGCCAACUUUUAUUUUCUCAUCAUCGCCAUCCUGCAGCUGAUACCGGGCCUCAGCCCCGUCGCAUCGUACACGACCGGCGCGCCGCUCAUUGUAUUUGUAGCUUUCAGCAUGGCCAAGGAGGGCUACGACGACUACCGGAGGUAUAAGCUUGACCUGGUGGAGAACCGCAGCUCCGCCUGGGUUCUGGACCCCAACGGAGCCGUGAGGACUCGAUUAGAGCGGUCCAAGAAGGGUAGGGUCGGGGUGAGACGCUCCAAUAAGCGCGAGAGGACCGACGAAGAGGCUGGGCGAGAUGUCCAUGACGGGACGGAGCUGCGCCAGAUAGGUGAGGGUGAGCAGAGUGGCGGGGGCAAACAGGGCGGACACACAGCCCACCAUAGUACGGUCAGGCAGGAAGUCUGGUCACAUGUCCAGUGGCAGGACAUAAGAGUUGGGGAUGUCGUGCGCCUGCAGAGGGACGAGCAGGUGCCGGCAGACUUGGUCCUGCUUUCGGCAUCAGGCACGAACGGGAUCGCCUACAUCGAUACUAUGGCUUUAGAUGGGGAGACGAACCUCAAGAGCAAACAGGCAUGUCCCUUGCUUGCUAAGCGCUGUGGCACCGUGUCAGGCAUCUGUCACUGCGAUGCCACGGUGGUCGCCGAGGACCCAAAUCUGGACAUUUACUCGUUCGACGGCAGCGUCCGCGUCGGCGACAAGACGAUGCCGCUGACCAGAGACCAAGUGGUGUUUCGCGGCUCCACGAUGAGGAACACUCGGGAAGCAUACGGCCUCGUCAUCAACUCUGGUGAGGAGUGUAAAAUCCGCAUGAACGCACACAAGAGCGUGCGUGCCAAAUACCCAGCCAUGCAGGCCGUCACGAACCGCAUCGUCUUGCUGCUUAUCGUGGUCCUUGUCAUGUUGGCUGUGGGCCUCAAGAUUGGCAACGACGAGUUCGAAGCAGAGUUCGGCCCGACCAACUGGUACAUGUUUGGAGUCCGCUUGAGAGUCAGCGAACAGGUCUUUGGCUUCAUCAUCCUAUUAAACACUCUGAUCCCAUUGUCUCUCUAUAUCAGUCUCGAGGCCAUCAAAAUCGGGCAGCUUUGGAUGCUGCAGGACAUCGAGAUGUACGACGCCAAAAGCAACACGCCCAUCGUCGCCAAUACCACUACAAUCAUCGAAAACCUGGGCCAGGUGAGCUACAUCUUUUCCGACAAGACUGGCACGUUGACCGAGAACGUCAUGCGCUUCCAAAAGCUGAGCCUUGGUGGCUAUGUAUGGAACCACGACAUGGGCAUCAGCGACAAAGCCUCCGAGGCCGAGCUGCAAACACAGGAGUUGAUGCGGCACCUGCAACAGAGUCCCGAAACGCCCCUGUCGGAGAGGGCGCUGCACUUUAUCCUCUGCAUGGCUUUGUGCAAUACCUGUUUGCCGGAACAAACGGACAAGGGCGAUAUCGAGUACCAAGCUGCCUCCCCGGAUGAGCUAGCCUUGGUAAAUGCAGCGAGAGAGCUGGGCUACGUCGUGAUAGAUCGCGACAGCGAAACCAUCAAGCUGCAGCGCCCGGGCAGUGACAGCGACGAAGAUUUAGACGUUGGCACAUAUACUAUCUUGGAUGUCAUUGAUUUCACCAGCGAUCGCAAACGCAUGUCGGUCGUUCUGAAGACUCCCGAAGGUCGCAUAUUGUUGUUGAGCAAGGGAGCAGACAGCGCUUUGCUGCCACGCCUAAGGUUGAAACAGUUGGUGGAUCGAGUGGCAGCUGCCGUCAACAGACGGACGAAGAGGCGGCGCAGCAUGCGCAUGGAGUCGGCCAAGAAGAUGUCCGGCCCGGCCAGCCCAAGGCCGAUCGGGGAAUGGUCAGAAUUUGGAUGGCGCGAUGACCAUUCCUCCUCGGAAGUUGCAAUGCUUUCAGACGAGGAUAUCUUUGAGGCGUGCUUCAGGCACAUCGAUGACUUUGCUUCGGAGGGACUGCGCACGCUCCUGUUUGGCUACCGCUAUCUUGAAGAGGCAGACUACGCAGCAUGGAAACGAGAGUAUCACGAGGCGGAGACGAGUCUGGUCGACCGCCAAGCUCGCAUCGACUCGGUAGCUGAAAAGAUUGAGCUGGAGCUGGAGCUUGCGGGCAUCACGGCGAUUGAGGAUAAACUGCAGGAUGGCGUGCCAGAAACCAUCGACAAGCUUCGGCGUGCCAACAUCAAAGUGUGGAUGCUGACCGGUGACAAACGCGAGACGGCAAUCAACAUUGGGCAUUCUGCCAAGAUCUGCCAACCCUUCUCCGAUAUAUUUGUGCUGGAUGCUUCGGCAGAAGGGCCACACAUUGACGAAACCAUGGAAGGAGUGCUGCGUGAAGUCAAGGAGGGGACCAUCGAGCACUCGGUUGUAGUCAUUGAUGGACUGACGCUGACCCAGGUCGACAGGGCCAAGGCCUCCAAGGAUCUCUUCUACGAUCUCUUGACCCGAGUCGACGCCGUCAUCUGCUGCCGAGCAUCGCCGGCGCAAAAGGCGGUGGUGGUGCAAUGCAUCCGCGACAGGGUGCCAGGGUCCCUGACGCUGGCGAUCGGCGACGGGGCCAACGACGUCGCCAUGAUCCAGGCGUCGCACGUGGGCAUCGGCAUCUCGGGCAAGGAGGGCCUCCAGGCCGCCAGGAUAUCCGACUACUCGAUCGCGCAGUUCCGCUUCCUGCAGCGGCUCCUGCUCGUGCACGGGCGGUGGAACUACGUGCGGACCAGCAAGUACAUCCUCGGCACCUUUUGGAAGGAGAUCGUCUUCUACCUGAACCAGGCCCUGUUUGCGCGCUACAACGCCUACACGGGCACGUCGCUCUUCGAGUCGGCGAGCCUGACCGUCUUCAACGCCCUCUUCACCCUGCUCGCCGUCGUGCUCAUGGGCGUCCUCGAGCAGGACCUCUCGGCCGAGACCCUGCUGGCCUUCCCCGAGCUGUACGUCCUCGGCCAGAAGGACAAGGGGCUCAACUUUGUAAAGUACCUCAGCUGGAUGGUGCUCGGCGCCGCCGAGGCCCUCGUCAUCUUCUUUACCGUCUUCGCCGCCUACUCGCCCGCUUUUUCCGACGACGACACGACCAUCUUCCCGAUUGGAAAUGCCGUCUUUACCGCCGUGGUUCUUUUUAUUAACAUCAAAAUGCUCCUGAUCGAAAUGCACCACAAGACCUGGAUCGUCCUCGGCGGAUUCUUCAUCACCGUCACGGGCUGGUUCGUCUGGAACCUAUUCCUGGCGCUCAUCUACGGCCGCACCAUCGGGCCCUACACAGUCCGGGGUUCCUUCAUCCACGGCUUCGGGCGCGUGCCCAAGUGGUGGCUUGCUGUCGUGGCGGCGCUGAUGGCGGCACUCCUGCUCGAGCUCAUGGUAAAGAGCAUUCGGAGGGUCUACUUCCCGUCCGACACCACCAUCAUGCAGGAGAUGGAGGCCGAACAACGUCGGAAACAGAGUCAGGCUGCCAAACGGCAUCAGGCGGAGAGGGCGCAAGAGGGAGGGCGGCCAUGA